AUGAAGCUUGAAAUCCAGAAAUAUUUGGAAAGUUCAUCAAUCCAUGGACUUGUUUACAUUUCAAAGCAUUUUCACAUUGUUGAAAGAAUUUUCUGGUCGAUAAGCUUGACAUCCUCAAUAAUCUGCACCUUGGCACUUAUCAUUGAACUUUGGAUAAAAAUGAAAAGUUUUCCAAUUAUAUCUUACUUAUCUGACACGUCAGUGUCUGUCUCUGAGAUCCACUUCCCAGCAGUCACAGUUUGUCCAGAGUUCUUACCUUACCUUCCGAUAAAAUAUCGAACUCAAUUUACUCCUGAAAAGUUCUUUCGAAAUGAAAAGCACUCUAAGGAGAGAUAUUACUACGAAGAUGAUGAGUUUAUGGAAGUGACAGUUGACGAAAGGAAGUUAAGCUUGACUUAUGUCGAGAUUUUGAACAAAAUUGAUGCUGGGGAAAUUUCUACUAAGGAUCUUGGAUCAAAAAUACUGAAGCGAUUAGAAGUCGUCGACACGAUGCUCGAUCUAGGAGUAUUUGCAAAAUUAAAUCAAUCGUUCCUAAACGAUGACUAUCUAGACGUCAUUAAUGAGUUUGACAAAGAAUUUUUAAAUAAUCACAAAACAGUUUGCUUUGAAUUUCGUCAAGAUUAUUACCAAAUUGUAUCUGAAGUGCUAACAUCACAUGGAUUAUGCUUAACUUUCAACAUUGCUUCAUCUUCAGAUUUACUAAAUCUUAACUUAACCUCAAACUAUUUUCAUUAUCAAACAUUCUUUACAUGCUUUUAUACACGUCCGAAAUUUGAGCUUGAAAUCCAAAGUUUGCCCAGAAAUGAAUCAUUUUAUCCUAAUGGAUUCAAGUUCUUUUUUAGGACUGAGUUGCUUAACACAGCUAUUAUUCGACAUAUAACUGCAUAUCAUCUGUUCUUACAUGAUCCAUUUGAACUGCCUUCUAGCAGUUCUAAACAUUUUGCAGCAAAUGUCAACGGAGAAAAUAUUAUCAAAAUUGUACCUCAGAUUAAUCAGAUUGAUGAUUCAAUUGCUGAUUAUGAUCCUGUUGAUCGGAAUUGCUACCUAGAAACCGAAAAGAAACUGAAAUUCUUCAAGAAAUACACAAAAGCUAACUGCAUCCAAGAAUGUCUGACUGAUUUUAUGGUCAACCGGUGCAGUUGCGUCGAGUUCUUCAUGAUCAGAAAUUCAACAACUCGAACUUGUUCAGCAAAUGAGAAAAAUUGCACAGAAAAUGCCAAAAAUGAUUUUGAAGCUCAACAGCAGUAUUGUGAAUGUCUGCAGCCAUGUAAUUAUGUCAAAUAUGAAUACGAAUUUGCAGAAGUAGGCAUCAUGCCACGUCAUUCAAAAAUUACAGCUCUUGACGUUGAAAUUCAAUUUGACAAGAUAAGGUACAAUCCGAUGGUUCGUAAGCAACAGUUUAACAUGAUUGAUUUUUUGUCAUAUUUUGGUGGACUUUUGGGACUGUUGGCUGGCAUUUCGGUUCUGUCGAUUAUCGAGAUAGUUUACUGGUUUACAACUAGGCUGUGUGUAUGUAAAUUAUGUCGGGCAACAUCAAGAAUUGAACCAGUUCAAAGAGACCUCGAGAAUGAAAGGAGGAAAACCACAAGAGUUAAGAAAUAUGUGAAGAAAUACUUGAAUGAGUCCUCAAUUCAUGGUCUACAGUUCAUGACAUCUGGAAGCGCAUUUCAAAGCAUAAGUUGGACCAUCCUCGUCACAAUCUCAAUCUUUGGAUGCUUUAUGCUGAUCUCCGAGACUGGACAAAGAGUUCCAAACGGUCGAGUCGUUGCUCUUGAUGACAAUUUGAAACAUACUGGACUGAUUGAUUUUCCAGCAAUUUCAAUAAAGCUACCAAAGUUGUAUAAUGACGAUGCAUACAUGGAGAGCUACAAGCUUUUCCUUAAACUACAGGAACUUGAUAAGAAUGGAAUAAAUCUGACAGAUGAAAUGAUAAGGGACUAUGUAUUUAUAGAUGGACGGAACUGCAUUUCAUAUUUAUCUCCGCUUACUUUUCCGAAAAGCAAAUCUAGAUAUCGACUGAUUCAGUAUAACUUAGACUUGCUAAAAAAUGGUUCUAGACUCGAUUGGUUUCAGCAGCAAAAUUUUUCUAUAAAUGGCAAAUAUCAGCCAGUUUUUGCAGAAGUUCCAACUUAUAGAGGCAUGGCUUACUCUUUUAAUUUGAUGGAUGUUGAUGACUUGCUGAAUCUCGAGACAAACAUUCCAGAAGCACAAUAUGUCAAAAAUGUGACCUUCAAGGAUGCCAGAAAUAGCACAAAACUAGUUAAAAACAUGAAAGUUGGCAAAGGUAGCAAUGCAGUUCUUAACAUGCGACUAAAAAGGCAAGAAAAUAUUAAAGAAUGUGGAUUGAACAGAAUUUUGGUUCACAAAUCUGACGAAACGCCAAGAUUAAUGGAUUAUGGUAAAUUACGACUUAUGAACUACGGAUUGACUGUUGACAUCGAAGUUAUUCCAGAAAUAAUACAAACGGAUGAAUAUUUAAGGAAAUUGACUCCACAAGUCCGCGAAUGUUAUUUUGAAGGCGAGAAAAAACUGAAAUUUUUCAAAACAUAUUCAAUGGAUAAAUGCGUGGCUGAAUGUUACUCAAAUUACUCAAUUCAGCAUUGCGGAUGUGUUUAUCAUAACUUUGAUCUUGCAUCACCCAAAGAAUACUGUUGGGAAGAAGGCUUAAAAAAUUGCAAUUAUGAAAUUCAGCAAUAUUUUUAUCUCAAUGACAUAAUGUCAUCACCAAACUGUUCCUGCCUGCCUACCUGUGACUCAGUCAAGUAUCACAUCAAAUAUUUUCAUAAAUUUUCAACUCAAUCGGAUGAGAUUUCAAUAAAUCUUCGAGUCAACACUGAAGAUGCAAUUUUAUUCCGACGAUAUCAGCAAUUUACAUUCUCGGAUGUUGUUUCGUAUGUCGGUGGACUUUUGGGACUUUUUGCUGGCAUUUCAAUGCUGUCGAUUGUUGAAAUUUUCUAUUUCUUUGUCAUUCGUGUUGCUGUUGAUGCUUGGAGGGCUGUGAGAGGUCAUUAGUGAUGUGUGGAAGUGACAUAACCUUGAAAAUUGAACCUUUACACUCAACACGCUAUUCACAUGUGUUUGCAUUUUUAAUUUAAUCAAGAU